AUGCUUCUACAACCGCCGCGCCGCGCCGCGCCGCAAUGUGGUGAGCCUCCCAUCAUCGUUCGGCAUCCUCACUAUCCUGAACACCAGCGUACUUUGCUCCGUUUCCCUAGGCUGGAUGCUGCUUCGAGACGCGAUGAAGUCGACUGUGAAUACACGUAUGGUGUCCACCACGGAACAGUUUUGUCAGCCUGUCAGAUCAUUACAGGUAAUGCUUCGACCGCGUACCUGAGUCGUGAUCACCGUGGAAAGAUGCCUGUGAGGCUUAGCUACGAUGGCAUAUUGACGUAUGGACAAUAUUUCCUUCAUGUUCCCCAAGGAUAG